AUGUACAUAGACAAACCGGAGAUCACAGGCGACGAUAAAUUGUCCCCUGCCUGUCAGAUACUUCUGUUUUCCGCUACCUACGACGAACAGGUUAUGGAAUUCGCUCGAGACUAUGUUCCCAAUCCAAUUGAGAUACGUGUGAAGCGCACUCAGCUACCUCUGAAAAACAUCAAACAGUUCUAUUUGCUUUUUAAUGAUUGGGUGGAAAAAUACCAAGCACUGACAGAUAUAUACGGGGGUUUCCAAGUCGGCCAAGCCAUCAUAUUCUGUGAUACUCGUAAGGAGGCCAGCUGGUUGAACGAUCGGAUGACUAUGGAUGGGCAUCGUGUUGUUAUUCUGUCCGGUGACCUAGAUGUCUCAGAGCGCGAACAUGUUUUACACCAGUUUCGUGAGGCGGAAUGUCGUGUACUGAUCACCACAAAUGUCUGCUCGAGAGGUGAGUUUCUUACUGCAAAUAAAAUCAGUUUUUCUUAA